AUGGUACCCUCCCCUGUUAUUGCAACAGCCUAUGCUCUAAUCAGCCUUCUGGCCGGGGUCAGUGGCAGUCCUCUGCAACAGAGAUCUCCUGAUGAUGUCCCGGACGGCUACUAUGUGCCCAUGUACUACCCAGCGCCGUUCGGUGGCUGGGUCGACUCCUGGGCACAAAGCUACGAGAAGGCCAGAGACUUAGUAAAUCAAAUGACCCUAGCUGAAAAGACAAACAUUACUGCCGGAACUGGCAUCUUCAUGGGUGCCACGUUCGACAAGGAGCUCAUGUACCAGAGGGGUGCCGCGAUUGGCAAAGAGGCCAGGGGUAAGGGAGUUCAUAUCUGGCUGGGGCCCUCAGUCGGCCCCUUGGGUCGUAAACCCAAGGGUGGUCGUAACUGGGAGGGCUUCGGUGCGGACCCUGUUCUUCAGGGUGUUGGUGGCCGCGAGACCAUCAGGGGUGUACAGGAGCAGGGUGUGACCGCCACGGUGAAGCAUCUGAUCGGCAACGAGCAAGAGAUGUAUCGUAUGUAUAAUCCAUUUCAGUAUGGGUAUAGUGCGAACAUUGACGACCGCACGCUGCAUGAGCUAUAUCUUUGGCCGUUUGCCGAGGCUGUCCGGGUUGGUGUGGGCGCCGUGAUGACCUCGUACAACGCGGUCAACGGAUCUGCUGGCAGCCAGCAACCAUACCUCAUCAACGGUCUUUUGAAAGAUGAGCUCGGCUUCCAAGGUCUUGUCAUGUCCGACUGGAUCUCCCACAUGUCUGGCGUUGAUUCAGCCCUCGCAGGUCUCGAUCUAGACAUGCCUGGCGACACUCAGGUUCCGCUCUUUGGGUCCUCCUUCUGGAUGUACGAGAUGACCCGCGCUGUUCUCAAUGGCACUGUGCCCAUGGAGCGCCUGAACGAUAUGGCAACCCGGGUCGUUGCAACUUGGUAUCAGAUGGGGCAAGACAGCGAUGAUUUCCCCAAGACAAACUUCCACACUCUGAGCAACGACGCUGUUGGGGAUCUUUACCCCGCUGCGUGGCCUGCAUCGCCAAAGGGUGUGAUCAACGAGUUUGUGCAGGUUGCAGACGACCACCAUCUAGUCGCCCGUCAAAUCGCCCAGGAAGCCAUCACCAUGCUCAAAAAUGAGGACAACCUUCUGCCCCUACCCGAGUCCCGCCCUCUCAAGGUUUUUGGCACAGCCGCACAGACCAAUCCAGAUGGACCAAACGCCUGUCCGGAUAGGAACUGCAAUAAGGGCUUCCUCGGUCAGGGUUGGGGCUCUGGAACCACCGACUACAUGUAUAUAGAUGAUCCCCUUGGUGCAUUGGAGGAUCGAGCCGCCGACGUGACCUUCUACAAUACCGACUCCUUUCCGGAGGUUGACGAGCCGACAAAGGACGAUGUUGCCAUUGUCUUUAUCACUUCAGAUGCCGGCGAGAACAGCUACACUGUGGAGGGAAACCAUGGCGAUCGCGAUGCAAGUCGUCUCUUCGCGUGGCACAAUGGUGACAAACUCGUCCAAGAUGCCGCCGAAAGGUACGAGAACGUCAUCGUCAUUGCUCAGACCGUAGGGCCUCUCGAGCUGGAGGCCUGGAUCGAUCUACCAUCUGUCAAGUCUGUUCUCAUCCAGCACAUGGCCGGUCAGGAAGGAGGUAUUUCGCUGACAAAUGUCCUCUUUGGCGACGCGUCCCCCUGUGGACACCUCCCGUACUCUAUCACAUACAGCGAGGACGACAUGCCAGAGAGCGUGACCAAGUUGAUCGACAGCGCCUUUCUGAACCAGCCGCAGGACACCUACUCCGAGGGCUUGUACAUCGACUACCGUUGGCUGAAUGGGCAGCAGAUUAAGCCCAGGUAUGCGUUUGGCCAUGGGCUGAGUUACACAUCUUUCUCCUAUGGCAACGCGACCAUUGAGAAGGUGACUCAACUUGAGACCAUGCCGCCGAGUCGCCCGGAGAAGGGUCCGAUACUGGAGUACGCCCAGUCCAUCCCAGAGUUGAGCGAGGCGGUCGCGCCCGCAGGCUUCAACAAGAUCCCUCGGUACAUCUACUCUUGGCUCACCAAGACGGAAGCCGAGAACGCCAGCAAAGAUUCGGAGAACGAGUACAAGCACUAUCCGGAGGAAUACACCUCCACCCAAAAAGGAGAGGGUCCCCGAGCUGGAGGUGCGCAAGGAGGUAAUCCAGCGCUGUUCGACACUGCGUAUACCGUCUCCGUGACAGUCACAAACGCUGGUGAGGAGUACGCCGGCAAGGCUUCGGUGCAGCUCUACCUGCAAUAUCCCGAGGGCAUCGAGUACGAUACCCCUCCUAUCCAGCUUCGUGAUUUCGAGAAGACGGGCACCUUGGAAGUCGGCGAAAGUGAGACUGUCGAAUUGACCCUCACGAGAAAGGAUGUCAGUGUGUGGGACAUUGAGAUGCAGGAUUGGGUCGUUCCAGAGGUCGAUGGAGCGUACAAAAUCUGGAUCGGGGCCGCAAGCGAUGACCUUGGCGUUGUUUGCCGCGUGGACGGGCUCGAGUGCGAGAAUGGCGUGGCAGGGCCGGUGCAGUAA